AUGGCCAUCUCGGAGAAGGAGGCGCUCACCGCGCUGCUUCGUGAUCGCUCUGCGACGCCAAAGAGCCAGGCGGAAGCAGUGUCCGCGCUGUUUCGGAAUGGCUGGAUCCAGACCCCUCGACAGUAUGCAGUAGCCAUCGCUGCCCUGGCCAGAGCAGGCAAAUGGCAAACUUCGCUGGAGCUGCUUUUUCUGAUGCUGGAAAGUGCAGUGGACGCAGAAGUCAAAGCUUUCGGUGCUGCCAUCAAUGCCUGCUCCAAGGCCAGCCGGUGGCGCCACGCAAGCCUUUUGCUGGAAGUUGCACAAACGGCGCAAGCGGACAUGGGGACAAUCGUUGUGAACACGGUCAUGGGCGCGUGCUCUCGGAGCCAGCAGUGGAGACAAACUUUGCACCUCCUUGGCACAUCCAAAACACCAGACCUUACAACCUGCAAUACAGCCAUCGCUGCAUGUGCAAGAGCCGAGGGCUGGCAACAUGCUCUGACAUUGCUAGAGCAAAUCCCUCAGCGACAGCUGACUCGUGACACCUUCAGCUUCAACUCUGUUAUGAGUGCGCUGACGGGAAAGCGUUGGGCGAUGGGAGUUGCUCUUCUGGAGUCCAUGGUCUUGGAACAGGUUCCGCCGGAUCCAGUAACUUACAACUCCUUGAUGGAUGCCGCGCCCCACAAUGCACAGGAGCUCUUCAGGCAUAUGCUCAGUCGACGAGUGACUCCGACGGUCAUCAGCUUCAACACUGUCAUAGCUUCCUGCUCGAAAUCUUUAAAAAGCCAAGACGAGGCUUUGCAUUUCUUCAAGGAUAUGCGAAAGCACCGCCUGGCGCCGAACCUGAUCACGUUCAACAGCUGCAUUGCUGCUUGCAACGACUGGCAGCAGGCGCUGGCAAUGCUUGCGGCACUUGAGCACGAGCGGCUGACGGCUGACCUCAUCACCUUCAACAGCCUGCUGUCUGCUUGUCGGGAUGUGCGAGUGGUGCACAUGAUCCUGGCGGAGAUGCAGUGGCGCAGGCUAAAGCCGGAUCUGCUGAGUUGCAGCAGCGCCAUCACCGCUUGCGCUUCUGAAGGUCUCUGGGCAGAGGCUCUGGAGUUUUUGGCGCGGAUCACAGGACAUCCAGACGUGCCUGCUAUGAAUGCUGUCAUGACUGCAUGUGCAGAGGCCGGAGAGUGGGAACGGGCCUUCCUACUGUUGCAACAGUUUCACCUCCAUCACUUGGUUCCAGACGUCGUCAGCUUCAACUCUGUAAUGGCGGCCUGCGAUCAUGGGCAGCAGUGGGACUUGGCUCUGUGGCUUUUUGGACAGCUUCGCACCCUGCGCCUGCGGCCGUCUCUUAUAAGCUUUAGCUCUGCAGCCAGCGCCUGCGAGAAGGCAAAGCAGUGGACGCAAGCGGUGAGCUUGCUCCUCACCCUUCAGCAGUUCGGGCUGCAAGCCGAUGAUAUCGCUUUCAACACGGUCACAAGCGCGUGUGGCCAUGGACAGCAGUGGAAGAAGGCUCUGGGCAUCCUUGGAUGCCGCGAGGAAUGUGGACUCCCGUGGGCAUUGAUGACCUGCAAUGCAGCCAUCUCUGCAUGCGCUGCUGGCCUCGCCACCGGUGUUGCCGUAGCUUUCCUGCGAAGGAGCGGGAAGCUGCACAUCGAGAGUUCCUUCAAUCGAACACUCGUACAAGAUGAGAUGGGUGCUGCGGGCACUGUCGGUUUUUCGCAGGAGAAGCAGCAAACCAAGACUUUCGUAUCAUUUACGUAUUGGUGCAAUUUGAGUUUGAGUUCAAGCUCAGUCAUGACAGGCAACUGA